AUGGGCGAAGCUCCGCUGCCCACUGAGACUGUGCUCGUGGUCUUUUACCAGGCCAUGCCCGAAUGGCUGAUCGAGGAUAUUCGGCGCAAGUUCCGUUUCGCCGAUGUGGCUAUUCAUCGAUCCACGCCGGGUGUGCCGGUUCCAAAGGAGUUGUAUCACGAUGCCACCAUUCUUGUUACUUUCACCGAUCUCCCCGACCUUGAAGAUGCGAUCAACCUCAAAUUAAUCCAUACGGUAUCCGCUGGUGUGGAUCAUCUCCUGCAGCACCCAGUCUUAAAGGAGAGCAAUAUCCCAAUCACCACGAGCUCCGGCAUCCACGGACCGCCGAUUGCGGAGUGGACCGUCAUGAACUGGCUAGUGUCAUCCCGAAAAUAUGCCAAGAUGUACGAGUCGCAAAAGGCGCAUCGCUGGGACGACAAGACCGAGUAUAUGCAAGGCAUGCAUGACCAGGUCGGCAAGAAAGUGGGGAUCCUGGGGUACGGCAGUAUUGGGCGACAGAUUGCCCGCGUGUCGCAUGCCCUGGGCAUGAGCGUCUACGCCCACACAGCAUCCCCCCGACCAACCCCAGAGUCUCGCCACGACACCGGAUUCAUCGUCCCCGGAACAGGUGACCCCGACGGCUCGAUCCCGGUGUCCUGGCACCAUGGAACAGACCGUGAAUCCAUCCGCUCGUUCCUGGCACUUGGCCUCGACCAUCUCGUGGUUUCCCUCCCGCUGACGCCUCAGACGACGCAUUUGCUCGGAGCCGAAGAAUUCGCCAUCCUCUCGCACAGCUGCACCCACCACACCAGCAAGCCAUACCUGACCAACAUCUCCCGAGGCAAGGUUGUCGAUCAGGAUGCUUUGGUUGCUGCCCUCCAGUCGGGGCUGCUUGGUGGGGCUGCUCUCGAUGUGACAGACCCCGAACCGCUUCCUAAGGAUCAUCCUCUCUGGGAAGUGCCGAAUGUGCAGAUUAGUCCGCAUGUUAGUGGAGUUGGUAAGGAGUAUUUCCCGCGCUCACUGGAUAUUGUGAGGUUGAACCUAGAUCGUAUGACAGAGGGGAAACCGUUGAUCAAUUCAUAUAGACGGGGUAAGGGUUACUAG